GGCUCGAAAGCACUUAGAGCAAAUGCACCUUUUUGAAAUAGUCAAACCUUUUUGUCGGAAUUACUGCUGUGAUAUUAACACCCACUAGCACUUAUGCGUCGGGGACUAUAAUUAUCUUUUGAGAUAUAUAUGCGCACCGAAAACCAAUUUUGAAAGGAAAAAUACGCUUUUCUUAAAAGAAUGCAAGCUACGAUUUCAAGUUUUCAGUGCCAUGUCAUUUGACUAUUGCAAUCGCACAGACUUUAUCCAUACUGCACAAUUCCAACAACUAGUACUCCAUACAAUAAGUAUCAUAUCAAUUCCAAUCUAUAUUUAUGGCUUCUUUUGUAUUUUAUGCAAAACCCCAUCUACCAUGAAUUCCGUCAAGUGGAGUAUGAUAAAUGUUCACGUAUUCAGUUGUCUAUUCGAUUUGGCGCUAAGCCUGUUCACAGCUCCAUUUGUAUUAUUUCCAGUGCUCGCUGGAUAUCCAUUGGGGAUAUUGAAGGAAUUUGGUGUCUCUACAGAAAAUCAAGUGUAUAUUGUGGUGUUUAUUGGAGCCUUCAUGCUGGUAGCUAUCAGUAUUUUCUUCGAGAACCGUCUCUUCAUAUUUGUCCUCACCAAUAAAAAACUCCACCGAUACGCCAUCCCAACCUACAUCCUCCACUACAUCUUCCCAUUAGUCGUCGUUCCCCAAAUAAUCAACAUUCCUGACCAGGAAGCAGGUCGGAAUAAUUUUCAGCAAAAAUUCGGAUGUAUUCCUCCGUACGUUGAAAUUGAUAGAAUGUUCUAUUUGACAAUGAAAAAACGGUAUUUCCUAAUCACAUGUGCUGUAUUCAUCUGUAUAACGUUUGCCGAGGUGUGGUUGUUUGCAUUUAUUACGGAUAGGUUGAUUAAGAAGCAGGUGCAAGGAUCCAUGUCUCAGAACACUGCCGCAGUGCACAGAAAAUUUCAGAGAGCGUUUAUAUUACAGAUUCUCAUCCCAUUCGUAAUUGUAUUCCUUCCUAUCUUCUAUAUCGGAGUUACUUGUAUAUCGGAGUAUCACAAUCAGUUCUUCAAUAACAUCACUAUUAUUAUAAACUCAUCACAUGGAUUCUUCUCGACAAUUGCUAUGAUUGCUCUUCAUGCUCCAUAUCGGAACUACACCAGAAAGUUGCUACCAUCAUGCCGACGAUUCAACUCUGUGGUUUUUAGUUCUACACCGCAAAGAGUCGGGGUUGCUAGUUUCUGAAGCCAACGUCAAAAAUGUACGUGCAACUUAUUUUUCGAAUUUAUUGGUUAACCCGAUUUAUAAAAAUUGAAUAUUAAAUCUCAAGAGAAAUUGUGGAAAAAAAGAAGAUAAUUUUAAUCAUCCUUAAACAGUUCAUUCAACUCCCUUCGGGUGGCAUGUAUCUCUUCUUUUAAAUGUCUUGCUUCCUCACAUAUUCUCCUGUGUAGAUUCUCAAAGUAUUCAUCCAACAUCUCUCUUCGUUGCGCUGCAUCACGAUGAAACGUUUGUUCGCGUCUGUGAUCAUCUAUUUGUAUCUGAAAAAAAAAAACGCUUGAUUGAGUUUUGUUGUUAUUUUAUUUUGUGUUUUUAUUGCUUCAAUAAACUCAAAACGGUAA